AUGGAGUGUGACUCGGAUCACGCUAAAAUUGAAAAAGCUCGGAAAACAUUUCCUUCAUCUAUUAAUCAUCCAUAUGAUUGGAUGCAAUUAAUUAGAUUUGCAGGAAAAAAUAAGUUUUUGGUAGUAGAAAUGGUGCAAGAAAUGUUUUUUGACUUCAACAAAUUAUUGAAAAAAUCUUAUCAAAUGAAGAAAACCAAUGAAAAUAAAGAAAAAUUUGUUUUUCGAGAUGUUAAGUGGAUUCGGUACAUUAAAAACGAAAAAGGUAUAGUAUUUUAUAAGACUUCCCUUGGUUUAAAUGCGAAAUUCCUCAAAUUGAACUUAAACAGGAAAAAUGCAACUUCAAUGGAAAUUGAAAGAGCAUACUAUGAUAUGUUAUGUAUAACUGAAGAAAAAAAAAAGGAUCUUAUGACAUUAUUGGCAUUUAUACCUGAAACAUUUCAUGAUUUUUAUAAAAGCCUGAAAUCAAACAUAGAUAUUAAUGAUCCUAUAAUAUCUGAUGAAGAAAAUGAAUAA